UUUCUGAAUAGGUAAGGUUACCCGCGCAACUCAGUUGUACCGCGUUAAAGUUAUGAACCGGAUCUUCGGACAAGCUAAGCCGAAACAGCCCCCUCCAAAUCUGACUGAUGUGAUUUCCAAUGUAGAUAGCCGGGCCGAAUCUGUCGAUAAAAAAAUCGAUAAACUGGAUGAGGAACUUAAAAAAUAUAAACUACAAAUGCAAAAGAUGAGAGACGGUCCUGCAAAAGAGAGCGUCAAAAUGAAGGCUUUAAGAAUUUUAAAGCAAAAGAAGGUGUAUGAAAAUCAAAAGGAACAACUUUCCAACCAAAGUUUUAAUAUGGAACAGACUAAUUUUGCCAUCCAGACCGUGCGUGAUACCAAAGUUACAGUGGAUGCCAUGAAAGUCGGUGCCAAAGAAUUAAAAGUGGAGAUGAAAAAAAUUAACCUAAAUAAUGUGGAAGACCUUCAAGACGAUUUAGCUGAUCUACUCGUCUCAACUGAUGAAUUACAAAAUAUUCUCAGUCAGUCCUACGCGACACCCGAUAUAAAUGAAAAUGAUCUGGAACAAGAAUUGAUGGGUUUGUGUGAUGAGCUAGGUUCUGAUACAACGUAUUUAAAUGAAGACUUUAACGCACCUUCUGUUCCAACGGGGAUUCCUGGAGAAAGUUUACCAACUCCAGCCAUGGGUAGUAUGCCGUCUGCUGACUUUCGCUUUUCGUUUUUGGACUUAAAUGAUGUCAGAAAGCACUAGUAAUUAUGUGUAUUUUUAGUUAAACUGCCAAAAGUUUUUUCGCAAGUGAUAUAACCCAGUUAAAUGUUCCAGUUUUCGACAGUUGAACUGAUUUAAUAUGUGGCAGCAGAACAAUAUCAAACUGGACGAAUUUGGUUUGCCUCAGAUUUCGUGAAUCACACUUACCUUGAUCGCUGACACAACACAUAUCUUGAUUUAUUUCAGAAGUGUUUUGUUCUCCAAUAGAACAUUAUCUUCACUCUUACUUUUAAUAAUAUCUUAUCUGCAAUGAUUUUUUAAUUUCUUUUGUCAGUGGACGAAUUUGUCACACAAUGUUCCAUCAUUCACUAACAUUGUAGUAUUCUAAGGUUAUCAGUAAUAGAACUUUGUCAGAGAGGGACAAGCGAGUGUCGAUAAACUUUCAUUUAGACCCAUCGUAUCCUCAUAAUAUGUUUCGUUUAUAUUCACUCAAUCCAGUUCAUCUUUCAAUAACUGAAUUGAUACAAUGCACAUUAGAUGUUUUGAAAUUUUCUCAAAGUCGAAGUAAUUCAAACUAUUCAUGAAUAAUGUUGAAAUGAUAUUACUUCAAGUCAGAAUGCAAGCCUAUUUGAUUGAAUAGACCCCAUUUUAGUUAGGACUGAGGGACUACGUGAAAAUUUGUAACAUAAGGAAGCGUUACCUGAGGGUUUAUUAUAUGUACUUCUAAUCCCUAUUUGGUUAACAACUGGGUUAUAGUAAAUUUUACACUAUUUUAAGUGUAAGCUUCCAUCCGUCC